AUGUAUGGAAAUCCUACUUGUCUGUUUCCCCGGCACCUAAUGGAUUUAAUGCCUAUAUUCUGGUGUCUCGUGUUUCUUUUCGUGGACGUAACUAAACAGGAUCGAAGUGAUGACAUGUGGGAAGCCCUAACGUUACGCUAUGGGCAAUGGGAGAAGCUCCCGAGAAUGUCGCAUGAAGCAGAGAGACAGGGCUACAUCCGCCAAAACGAUAUAUGUAAAACAAAUUCGGUCAGCAAAUAUCACGGUUUUCUAUACAAGCAGAAGGAUGACACAAAAAUACUUCCGAUUUAUGAUCUAGACGGCUGGAUAGCAGGCAUACAAACAAUGAUUCCGGGAAACAUGAAAGGAUUCAACACCAGAAACGACAGUAUACCUUUACCACCUAUAGAUGUGAUGCCUCCAAUUAUGAUCGGAGAUAUUAUAGACGGUAUCCAAAUGUAUACUGUGACAGCUUAUUUCAAACAUCCAAAGUUGAUCUGUAACCCAAUAGCACGGAUCGGCAUAACCCUAGGUAAAGGCCUUUACAUACAAAUGGGGUCAGACCCGGUGACCAUGUACCAACAGAUAGCAAUGCAUGCCAAGGACUUAUCCCCAAUCUGGAGACCAGGAAGCUGUAUUCCUAACAUGGGUCUCCACUAUUUCCGAAAUCUUUCUAAAGACUUGCCAUGUGAGAAAAUAUACCCAGUAUUCCUUAUGUAUGACAAUGAGGGGAAACUUGGCGCCUUCGGCUGGUCUUUCCAAGGAAAGCCAAUGGAUGUCUCAAGCAGCAAGAUCAGUUGGUUUCGCAUGACUCCACAAACAUAUGCUUUCGUAUUUGAUACCAGAGUGUUACCAACGUGCAUGUUUCACGAUGACUUUCGGAUUUUCGGGAUACAUAUAUGGUUACAGUCUCACACCUCAGAGAAAAUGAAAUGCCCAAUAGUGAUAGAGGAGCCCUCGACUGGGUCGCCAGGGAACAAACCGAGCACCAUCAACUACACCAAUGGCCCACAACCUCCCGUCAUUACACCCCAGCCAGAUGAUGACAUCAACGCAGCACAAUCUGUGUCAUCGCCAUCAUGGAUUCUCCUGUGUGUUGCUACAUUAACUGUGUUACAACUCAGAACUAAACUCAACCUUCUAUCAUAA